CUGCAGGACACCCUCCCCCUCCCUUGUUUUGCGUACCCCAGCACAGCUGCACCCCUGCACCCCCAAUCUCCCCAGGCUGGCACCAUGGCUCAACGCUGGCGCUGGAGCUUUUGGGGAUCAGAGCUGUGCCUGGAGUGGAGCAGGGGGGACAGAGAGGAGCCACUGCACAGCCCCCGUGUUCCCACGGCCGCCCAGGAGUCAGGGUCCCUGCACAGCUUCCACAUCAGCCCCCCCCUCUUUGCUCUCUUUUCUUUCCUGCGCUCAUCAAGUGCUCAGAAGGUUGGGGUUUUUUUUUUCCCCACACGUCACCCGCGUUACCGUCGAGAGCUGACAACUCCCCAUCACAUCAGCAUCAGCACCAGCUCCCAGGUGGGCCCUGGAGCAUCCACGGGGAUAAUGUGCGGGCACGCGUGCCAGGGCGCUCGGGCAGCGUGUGCACAUGGAGGGGCAUGUGCGUGCGGGGGCACUUGACGGCACGGUCGUGUCCCAGCUCCGAGCGCUCUCUGCUUCUCGCUGCGGGCUGCAUCACGUCCCAGUGCAGGAACGCUUGUGCCGCGAGGGGCCAAAGCUGUAAACAAGCCCGGGGCACCAGCACUUUUCACAGCUGCAUCGCACUUGGCACCACACAAGUAGGUGUUAUUUAUUAAUUAGGCUGUCUCUGGCCAGGCUCAGAUUUAAUUAACGUGCCCGGUACUGCAGAUGCUGCCCUGCCCCGGGCUGUGCUGCCACGUGAGCCCCGCUGCCAAGCCGCCUUCCCGGGGGGCUGCCGGUACCACCGCCUGCCACCGCGCUGAGCCCGCGGCUCUCAUUUAUUGGUCUGCAUGUUCCCCCAUCCCUUGCGCCCCUCUGGUUUCUCCCAACUUUUCCUCCCCAUCUCCUGUGGCUGCAGACCGCAGCCCUUGGCCAGGGGAUGGGUGCAGGGUCAAGCCCAGGAUGUCACCCAUGGUUGGAGCUGGCGUUGGUUUGGUGCUGGCGCUGUCUGCAUCACGGCGGGGGGCUGGGAAAGGGAUAUGGACCUGGGGCUGGAGCACUUCCAAUGGGAAGCAUGGAAUCGGGCAGGCCCAGAACCCUGGAAUGGGGCUGGAGGAGAUGGACAGGGUGCAAGGUACAGAGUGCACUCACGCAUGUGCUUGUGAGUUGUCAUGUGUGUGUGCAAAUGAACACGCGCGUGCAUCAUGUCUGUGUGUUGCGAUCCCCGCUGCAGCAUGAGACACCCCCCCUCAAAACCUGCAUCGUGCCAGCGUGGCAGACAGGACGGCUCCCACCAUGUCCCCACACGUGCUGAGGGCUGCGUCGUGCCCGGGGUUGAGUUCCCCACACCUGCAGCAUAUUAGGAGGGGCCGGGGGCUGCGUGGGCACAAUGCCCGCGCGCCGGUCCCUUACCACGGGGUGCCGAGGCGCACGGCGAGCUGGCGUGCCUGCGUGGGUGUUGCGGUGUGAUUCCAUGUGUAACGGGUGCCUGUCGGUGACACGGUGCCUGCGUGGGCGUGCAGCUGCAGGGUGGGGGUGCCACCUCCCCCGGCCCCCAUUGGCGGCUCUCCUCUCGCCCACCCACGCCGUGCCACGGGCAGAGCCCCUUAUUUAACUCCACACAGCAACCGGCACCCCUGUCCUUCGCCUCUCGGCUGAGCGGCCACUGCCCACUCCAUCUCCCGCUCUGCAGCCGCCACCGACGAGGGACGCUCGGCCCAGAGCCCCGCGCCGGUGACACCCAAGGGCUCCGCAGCCCCCCCAGGUCCCCGUCUCUGACCGCCGCCCCCGGGAUGCGCCCCCGCCCGGCGCUGCCCGCGCUGCUCGCCCUGGCGCUGCCCCUCGCCCUCGGCUACCGCCUCGCCGCGCCGGGACCCGCACAGGCGAUGCCGGAGCCGCUGCUCUGGGGACCCCGCGGCCGCUCCGGUGCCGCCUACACCGAACUGCUCCGGCUGCUGCGGGACGGGGACGGUGGCCUCGAGCCCGUUGUCCCGCAGAAGCGUAAGUCCUGCCCGCAGCCCCUCCGCCCCGCAGCCCUUCCCGGUGCCACCGCUCCCGCUGACGGCCGCUCUCUCGCAGGGGAUAUGCACGACUUCUUCGUGGGGCUCAUGGGGAAGCGGGCGGCGGAGCGGGGGGGCGGCGGCCCGGAUUCCCGGUGCUCCACGGGUCCUCCCGAGCCCUCCGGGGCCUCGCCGCCCGCAGCGUGAGCGGGGCCGGCGGGGCCGGAGCCGCCGUGAUCGCAGCUGAACCGAUCCGCGCCUGAGCCCGUGCACGCGUGGAGCCGCACACCCGCACGCGUGCAACUGCACCCCCUGAGCCCAUACGCGCGUGUAACCGCACCCUCGCACCCGUGCAUAUGUGUGUGUGUGUGUGUGCACUCCCUGAGCCCGCACACGCGUGUGUCAGCCCGUACCUGUGCACGCGUGUGCACACUCUGAGCCCUUACACGCGUGUAACUGCACACCCACAGCCGUGCACGCGUGUAACUACACAUCCUGAGCCCGUGCACGCGUGUAACCGCACCUCCGCACCCGUGGACGUGUGUGCACCCCUGUACCCGUGCACCCCCCGUG